CAAAAAACGAAAGCGCAUGAUUUGGAAAUAGCGGGAUCAGAGGGGAAGGAGGUAUAGUAGUGUAUGAAUGAGAAGAGAAAUUCGCCCAUUCGGAAUCGACUGUGUUGUCCUCUCAUCGAUUUCUCUCGCAUAUCCUUCCAUCGAUCUAUCAUUUCUCCCCGACUACAUUCUUCUCCAGCUCUUCCUGAAGACCUAGAACCAUGUCUGAAGCUGUCAUCAAGAACGAAGAGGUGGACAUUGUCAUCGGAGCCCUCCAACCUGAUCUUACGUCGUUCAUGGAAGCAUGGCGGCCUGUAUUUUCCCAGUUCCAUCUAAUCAUCGUUCAAGAUCCCGACCUCAAAGAUGAUGUCAAAAUUCCAGAAGGAUUCAACCUGACACUCUACAAAAAAUCCGACAUCGAAAAGGUAGCCGGCUCGACAAGUUCAAUUUCCUUCUCCGGCUUCUCUUGCCGCUACUUCGGCUACCUCAUGUCGAAGAAAAAGUACAUCAUCUCCAUCGACGACGACUGCGUUCCGGCAAAAGACCCAAACGGUUAUCCAAUCGACGCCGUGGCACAGCAUCUUACCAACCUAAGCACCCCGGCCACUCCCUUCUUCUUCAACACGCUCUACGACCCGUUCUGCGACGGAUCCGAUUUCGUUCGAGGGUACCCGUUCAGCCUUAGAACUGGCGUGGAAUGUGCGCUGUCGUGUGGACUGUGGCUUAACCUAGCCGACUACGACGCGCCCACGCAGGUCCUGAAGCCGGACCAGAAAAAUUCAAGGUACGUCGACGCGGUUCUUACAGUCCCCGCUAGGACAAUGCUGCCGGUGAGCGGAAUCAACGUAGGUUUCAACAACGAGCUAAUCGGGCCUGCUCUUGUCCCGGCGUUUAGGCUGGCGAAGGAAGGGAAUCUGCGGUGGGAGACAAUGGAAGAUAUAUGGACAGGAAUGUGCGUUAAGGUUGUCUCCGAUCAUUUAAGGCUUGGCGUGAAAAGCGGGCUGCCGUAUGUCUGGAGGAAGGAGCGGGGCAGCGCGGUGGCGAGCUUGAAGAAGGAGUGGGAAGGGGUGCGGGUAAUGGAAGAUGUUGUCCCGUUCUUUCAGUCAAUAAGGUUGUCGGAAACGGCGGCGACGGCGGAGGACUGCGUGUCGGAAAUUGCGGUGCUGGUGAAGGGGAGAUUGGGGGCUGAGAAUGAGAUGUUUGGUAGAGCUGCGGAUGCCAUGGCGGAGUGGAUCAAGCUUUGGAAGCAGGUACGAUCUCUGUAACUGUAGACUUUCUAUUUUUGAUUAUUAUUAGUUAUGAAGAUGAUGAUAGUUUCUAUUUAUAGAGGAGGUGGGGUGGGUGGGGGGGGGGGUUGGAAUAAUUUGACUAGUUAAGUGUGUUGUGUCUGAAUUAUGAGUGUCUGCCUGUGUUUUUAACGUGUUUGCUGUAAUCGGAUCGGACCGGCCUGCGGACCGCCGGUUUGGACCGGUUGGUUGCUGGUUCGGGUCUGGUGGCGGCUCGGUUUAACGUGUUUGCUGCGAUAAUAAACUAUACGACGGAUUAUUACUUACUUGGGACUUUCUUUUGGGGAUCUUUCAUUUUAUUUUAUUUUUUUGAGUUUAUUAUUU